AUGAUUCCGAUCGGUGUCUUCAUCGCGGUGUCGGUCGGCGAACUGGCCGGCCGCAUCGGUGCCGGUGGCUACUCGGGCGCCGUCGUGGCAUUCAUCAUCGUCGGACAGGCCGCAGCACUGGUGUGCGCGUUGAUGAUGGCCGGUGUUGCCGGGUCGGCGAUCUGCACCGAUCUUGGUUCGCGAAAGAUUCGCGAAGAGAUCGAUGCCGAUAGAAGUGAUGGGCAUCGAUGUGAUCCGAACGCCUGG